AUGGGGUCACCUCAAUGGGAUCACCUCAAUGGGGUCACCAUAAUGGGGUCCCCUUAUGGGGUACUUUCUAUGGGGUCACCUCAAUGGGGUCACCUCAAUGGGGUCCCCUUUUUGGGAUCCCUUCAAUGGGGUCACUACAAUGGGGUCACCUCAAUGGGGUCACUACAAUGGGGUCCUCUCUAUGGGGUCACCAUAAUGGGGUCACUACAAUUGGGGUCACCACAAUGGGGUUUCCUUUAUGGGGUCCUCUCAAUGGGGUCCCUUUUUUGGGGUCCUCUCUAUGGGGUCACCAUAAUGGGGUCACCUCAAUGGGGUCACCUCAAUGGGGUCCCCUUUAUGGGGUCCCCUUUCUGGGGUCGCCAUAUUGCGGUCACCUCAAUAGGGUCCCCUUUAUGGGGUCGCCAUAUUGCGGUCACCUCAAUAGGGUCCCCUUUAUGGGGUCACUACAAUGGGGUCACCACAAUGGGGUCACUACAAUUGGGGUCACCUCAUUGGGGUCCCCUUUUUGGGGUCCCUUCUAUGGGGUCACCUCAAUGGGGUCCCCUUUAUGGGGUCAUCAUAAUGGGGUACCUUCUAUGGGGUCCCCUUUUUGGGGUCACCAUAAUGGGGUCACUACAAUGGGGUCCUCUCUAUGGGGUCACCAUAAUGUGGUCCCCUUUAUGGGGUCACUACAAUGGGGUCACCUCAAUGGGGUCCCCUUUUUGGGGUCCCCUCUAUGGGGUCACCUCAAUGGGGUCCUCUCUAUGGGGUCACCACAAUGGGGUCACUACAAUUGGGGUCACCACAAUGGGGUUUCCUUUAUGGGGUCCUCUCAGUGGGGUCCGCUUUAUGGGGUCACCACAAUGGGGUCACUGCAAUGGGGUCACUGCAAUGGGGUCACCACAAUGGGGUCUCCAUAAUGGGGUCACUACAAUGGGGUCACCACAAUGGGGUCCCCUUUAUGGGGUCACCACAAUGGGGUCACCUCAAUGGGGACAUCUUUAUGGGGUCACCACAAUGGGGUCACUGCAAUGGGGUCCAUUCUAUGGGGUCACCACAAUGGGGUCCUCUCUAUGGGGUCCCCUUUAUGGUGUCACCACAAUGGGGUCACCAUAAUGGGGUCACCAUAAUGGGGUCCCCUUUAUGGGGUCACCACAAUGGGGUCACUACAAUGGGGUCCCCUUUAUGGGGUCCCCCUUUUUGGGGUGCCCUCAUUGGGGUCACCACUUUGCACGCUUAUGGUGAAGGACUCACGCAUUGCACGGCACACGUGUGCAACGCGGGUGUGAAAUGAAGGUCUUGUGCAGGGCACUUGUGCAACGAGGCACUUGUGCAACGCACGGGGUCGUGCAAGGAAGCACUUGUGCAAUGCACGAUGCUGCUUUGCACGGAGGCUCUUGUGCAUUGCACGGCGCUGCAUGCUGCAUACGGACGUGCAACAACACGCUUGUGCAACACGUAGCGCCGUGCAACGCACACUCAUUUGCACUGCGUGCUUUGCACGGCGGCCCUCUUUGCACGGCAGCCCCCGUGCAAUGCACGCUGGAGGACUUUUGCAGCGUGCAAUGGUGUGCAAUGCAGCAGCUGUUGCACGGCAGCCCUCGUGCAAGGCAUGGGGUGGGGGUGUGCAACGCCCCUCCGUGUGCAACAUCCCCUCGUGCAACGCCGUGUGGCCAUCGUGAGCUCCGGGUGGGCGUGCAAGAGGUGGACGUGGAAGGAAGCCCGGAUCCUCGUGCGACGGCGUCCCCUUGUGCAACGAACGGUGGCUCCAGUGCAACGGUGGCCUCGUGCAACGAUGGUCCUUGUGCAACACCAGAUCUUGUGCGACGUGGGAGCUCGUGCAACACCUGACCUCGUGCACAUGGGGCCUCGUGCAACAUGGAGCCUUGUGCAACGCCAGAUCUUGUGCAACAUGGGGCCUCAUGCAUCAGUGGUCCUUGUGCAACACGGGGCCUCGUGCAACAUGGAGCCUCGUGCAACGUGGGGCCUUGUGCAAUGCUGGUCUCUGGGCAACAUGGGGCCUCGUGCAACGCCAGUACUUGUGCAACAUGGGGCCUUGUGCAACAUGGAGCCUCGUGCAACGACAGAUCUUGAGCGACGUGGGGCCUCGUGCAACAGCAGAUCACAUGCAACGCAGGGCCUCGUGCAGCACCGGUCCUUGUGCAACGCAGAGUCACGUGCAACGCCAGAUCUCGUGCAACAGGGAGCCUCAUGCAUCAGUGGUCCUUGUGCAACACGGGGCCUUGUGCAACGUGGAGCCUCGUGCAACAACAGAUCUUGAGCGACGUGGGGCCUCGUGCAACGCCAGAUCUCGUGCAACACGGGGCCUCGUGCAGCGCUGGUCCUUGUGCAAUGCGGGGCCUCGUGCAACAACAGAUCUUGUGCAACAUGGGGCCUCAUGCAACGCCAGAUCUCGUGUAACGUGGGGCCUUGUGCAACACCAGAUCUCGUGCAACAUGGAGCCUUGUGCAACACGGGGCCUCGUGCAGCGCUGGUCCUUGUGCAAUGCGGGGCCUCGUGCAACAACAGAUCUUGUGCAACAUGGGGCCUCACGCAACGCCAGAUCUCGUGUAACGUGGGGCCUUGUGCAUCACCGGUCCUUGUGCAACGCAGAGCCUUGUGCAACACCAGAUCUUGAGCGACGUGGGACCUCGUGCAACGCCAGAUCUCAUGCAACACGGGGCCUCGUGCAGCGCUGGUCCUUGUGCAAUGCGGGGCCUUGUGCAACAUGGGGCCUCGUGCAACAUAGGGCCUCGUGCAACACCAGAUCUUGUGCAACAUGGGGCCUCAUGCAUCAGUGGUCCUUGUGCAACACGGGGCCUCGUGCAACACCAGAUCUUGAGCGACGUGGGACCUCGUGCAACACCAGAUCUUGUGCAACGCGGGGCCUUGUGCAACAUGGAGCCUCGUGCAACACCGGUCCUUGUGCAACACGUGUGGGGCCUCGUGCAACAGCAGAUCUCGUGCAACACGCGGCCUCAUGCAGCGCUGGUCCCUGUGCAACACGGGGCUUCGUGCAACAUGGAGCCUCGUGCAGCAAGGGGCCUCCUGCAACGCUGGUCCUUGUGCAACAUGGGGCCUCGUGCAACACCAGAUCUCGUGCAACGCUGGUCCUUGUGCAACACCAGAUCUUGAGCGACGUGGGACCUCGUGCAACACCAGAUCUCGUGCAACGGGGAGCCUCAUGCAUCACCGUUCCUAGUGCAACACGGGGCCUCGUGCAACAACAGAUCUUGAGCGACAUAGGGCCUCGUGCAACACCAGAUCUCGUGCAACAGGGAGCCUCCUGCAUCACCAUUCCUAGUGCAACACGGGGCUUCGUGCAACAUGGAGCCUCGUGCAAUGCUGGUCUUUGUGCAACGCGCGGCCUCGUGCAACAUAGGGCCUCGUGCAACAACAGAUUUUGAGCGACAUGGGGCCUCGUGCAACACCAGAUCUCGUGUAACGUGGGGCCUUGUGCAACACCGGUCCUUGUGCAACGCAGAGCCACGUGCAACACCAGAUCUUGAGCGACAUGGGACCUCGUGCAACACCAGAUCUCGUGCAAUGCGGGGCCUCGUGCAAUGCUGGUCUUUGUGCAACGCGGGGCCUCGUGCAACAUAGGGCCUCGUGCAACAACAGAUCUCGUGCAACAUGGGGCCUCGUGCAACACCUGAUCUCGUGUAACGUGGGGCCUCAUGCAUCACUGGUCCUUGUGCAACGCGGGGCCUCGUGCAACAUGGAGCCUUGUGCAACAACAGAUCUCGUGCAACGUGGGGCCUCGUGCAGCGCUGUUCCUUGUGCAACGCGGGGCCUCAUGCAACACCAGAUCUCGUGCAACGUGGGCCUUGUGCAACACCGGUCCUUGUGCAAGGCAGGACCUCCUGCAGCACCAAACCUCGUGCAACGGGGGGCCUUGUGCAACACCAGACCUUGUGCAACGCUGGGCCUCGUGCAACACACCCUCGUGCAGCUGCAAAACGUGUGAGAGGCACAAACACUCCGCGGCUCCGUGCAACACGGGGCCUCGUGCAACGGACACGUGCAACGUGCAGCUGCCCUCACACUCGGACUCGUGCUCGGGCCUCGUGCGCCUCGGACUUGUACACGCCGUGCAACGGACUUGUGAGGUGCGGGGCCUCGUGCAAGAACUUCGUGUGAUGCAGGGCCUUUUGCAACUGUAUUGUGCAACACAGGGACUUGUGCAACGCUAUGGUGCACGCGGGGUCUUGUGCAACGCUAUGGUGCAACAGGGGGUCUUGUGCAAGGCAAUGGUGCAACAACGCUGGGCCUUGUGCAACUGUAUUGUGCAACACUAUG